AAAUUCACAACGAAACAACACCUGGUUUCCAUCGCCACUCUACGGAGGUUCCAAAGCCAUCGCAACACAUAAAAUCAACGAAAAAACGUUUUCUUUGUUCUCUAAAUUUUGUUUUCUAAAAGUAAAAGAGCAUCUUGCUUUCAUUUCUGGCUUCAUUUCUCGCUUCGCACUUCUCCACUGGUUCGCGUUUCUUUGUUCGGAGACUUCUCUCCGGAGCUUCCAUGGCUUCCAUUGCCGGAUCCAACGCCGUCGCUUUCAAACCCUCCGGGAUUCCCGAGAGUUUCCGAGGUUCUAACAAUAGGAGAAUAAGUAAUUUCAGCCAAUGGUGUCCCGUUCGCGGUGGAGAUGGAUCUUCUCACCUCCGGCCCUGCAUCGGCCUCCAUUGCAGAUCGAAGAGCUCUCUUUCUUCUUCUGGCGUUGUAAGAGCUCAGGUUGCCACACUGGAACAAGCAAGCUCAGGUGCAGCCCAAAAUGUGGAGGCUCCGGUGGUGAUUGUGACCGGAGCUUCUAGAGGAAUUGGGAGAGCUACUGCACUCGCAUUGGGCAAUGCAGGUUGUAAGGUCCUGGUUAAUUAUGCUAGAUCUUCAAAAGAGGCUGAGGAAGUUUCCAAAGAGAUUGAGGCAUCUGGUGGACAAGCUCUUACUUUUGGGGGAGAUGUAUCAAAAGAAGCUGAUGUUGAAUCAAUGAUCAAAACUGCAGUUGAUGCUUGGGGAACUGUGGAUGUUUUGAUAAAUAAUGCAGGAAUCACUAGAGAUGGCUUGUUAAUGAGAAUGAAGAAAUCCCAGUGGCAGGAUGUUAUUGAUUUAAACCUUACAGGUGUCUAUCUCUGUACACAGGCCGCAGCCAAGAUUAUGAUGAAGAAGAAAAAGGGAAGGAUAAUCAAUAUAGCAUCAGUUGUUGGUCUUGUUGGCAAUGUUGGGCAAGCCAAUUAUAGUGCUGCAAAAGCAGGAGUAAUUGGCUUCACAAAGGCUGUUGCAAAGGAGUAUUCUAGCAGAAACAUCAAUGUUAAUGCUAUUGCCCCUGGGUUCAUUGCCUCUGACAUGACUGCUAAGCUCGGAGAAGAUACUGAGAAGAAAAUUUUGGAAACCAUCCCCUUAGGAAGGUAUGGUCAACCAGAAGAAGUUGCUGGACUGGUGGAAUUUUUGGCUCUUAAUCCUGCUGCUAGUUACAUAACUGGACAGGUAUUAACCAUUGAUGGAGGGAUGGUGAUGUAGACCAGGCCGCGAAUCCUCCCUGACUGAUUAAGCUUUUGCAAGCAGCCUCUACACGUUGUGAACACAGAAUUGUGGCAAUGGAACCGCAAAUUUCAAUUUGGGGUAUGACAAAUUAUGGUGGAGCUUAUGUUAGGACCUUUUUUUUUGGGUUUUAAAGGUGGUCAGAAUAAUAAUAAAUUCAGUUUUGCUUUUGUUAACAAAAUUAAACGCAAGUGGUGUAAAAUUUUACUUUUGCUGUGUGCUUAAGUAGCAUGGAAACGUAGUUUUACGUAAA